CGUAAGGGGGCAGUGCAGGCAGGAGCAUAAAGCCGGACCACCACAGGACACGAGGAAGACAUUUCAACAAUGGCGGGACGUUUGGAGAAGAAGCUUCAGGAGUUGCUCUCCGGCCUCGACAGAGCCUUCCUGUCUGACGUCGUCGGGAGGAUGUACGUCACACCACAGACAGCUGUGCCCGUGGACACGCAGCCCCACGAGCUCUGCUGUGAAAUGAUCGAUGUCGUCAUUGAUGUCUCCUGCAUUUACAGACUGAUGGAGGAUGGCUGUGGCUAUGACAGGGAGUCUUUGGCUAUCAUCAGGCUCGACACCACCGCGGGUCUCGUCUGCGUCCUCAGAGACGAGAGCUUCCAGAGGAAAGUUGGUCGGCCAGAAAAAAGAGACAGACAUCAUGAGUGACCGCUUCGACUGCAAAAACUGCAACGAGUCCCUGUAUGGACGUAAAUACAUCCAGGUGGAGGACAACCCACACUGCGUCCCCUGCUACGACCGCCUGCACGCCCACACCUGCCAGGAGUGUAAAGAAAUCAUCAGUCACAACGCCAAGGAGCUCUUCUAUGAAAACAGACAUUACCACGAGCACUGCUUUCGCUGUUUCCGCUGCGACCGCUCUCUGGCGGACGAGCCCUUCACCUGCCAGGAGGACGCGCUCGUGUGCAGCGACUGCUUCUGCAACGAGUUUUCCUCCAAGUGUGUGGCCUGCGACAAGACGGUCAUGCCAGGCUCCAAGAUGUUGGAGUACGGCGGCUCCACGUGGCACGAGGACUGUUUUGUGUGUCACGGCUGCGAGAAGCCGAUCGGUGCCGAGGCUUUCAUCCCAGACAAAAACAACUACUACUGUGUGCCGUGCUACGAGGGCAGGCUUGCUCCUCGGUGCAGCCACUGCAAUAAGGCUCUCACCAAAGGAGGAGUGACCUACAAGGAGCAGGUUUGGCACAAAGAGUGUUUCUCCUGCACGGGCUGCAAAGCUCCGCUGGCUGGUCAACCCUUCACCUCGCAGGGAGAGAGUCCGUACUGCGUCAAGUGCUUCAGCAGCCUCUAUGCCAAAAAGUGUGCCGGCUGCAACACGGCCAUCACGGGGUUCGGGGAUGGAAAGUACGUCUCCUUCGAGGACAGGCAGUGGCACCAGCCGUGCUUCAAGUGUUCGCGCUGCUCCGUGUCGCUGGUGGGCUCCGGCUUCUUCCCAGACCGUGGUCAGAUUCUGUGUGCGGACUGCAACAACGACGACUGACCAACGGCUAACUGCAAAACAUCAAACACUGCUGACACCAGUGGGGAAACGCCCAAACCUCAGCUUUGCACAUGAACACUGCAACUCACUCACAGCGUAACGGUGACGCAGAGCUCAGUAUUCACAACUCAGAAGUCAGACUUUAGCACGUUCAAAUGUUUGUAUUCUGUAUUCUGUCCUGUGAUACACUUAAUAUGUGAUUUUUUUUUUUCAAUAUAUUUUACAUUUUGUGCUUCAAACAAUUAAUAAAAUAUAGGAAACAUUUAAAUUAAACCUUUUUGGCUGAUAACCCAAAACUUUUAUAUGAUUUUAAAUGAUAAUUAGACUAAGUUUAAAACAUUGUUGUACUUUUUCAAAAACAUACUGCCAUUUAUACAACGGACUCUUUUCCUCUUGCUACCUGUAUGUAAACAUAUGUGUGUAAACGUAUCUGUAACAUUGUUUUUUCAGCUUUCACUGCAGUGUACAUGCAAUAAAAAUGU